AUGUCGCCCUGGUUCGCCGAAGCUGGAGUUAAGGAACCUUCAAAUAUCGAACCUGAUAUGUUCGGAGACUGGCCACCUUUGACACCUCUCGGUGAUCCGGAGCUCCACAAUGGUUUCCGAAAUCCACACUCAUACACUUUCUCUCCGCUUCAUGAUCCUCUUCACAGCCAUGGAGAGCUCUUACUUCCACAUGAAUUCCCCGAGCAUACACCGAGUAUUGCAUCCCCACUAGGAGAACAUGUGAAUUCCAUGAUUGUCAAUGAAGCCAUCGCUUACAAAGAGCCAGUUGAACAGGCCUCUAAUCGGGAUGAAAUCCGAGAUUGUUUACUGGGGAAACGCCCAAGAGCUGAACCAACAGGAGAAGUUGAUACUCCACUCGAGCAAGCUGCACCCAAGCGAUCCAAGCGGACAUCUCCUCGAGAUACGCUGGUAGAUUUGUCCAACGUUGGUAUAAAAGAUGUCCGGAAUAUUCGUAGCCGCGCGCUGACAAGACUUAAGAAUCAAGAUAGGGAAGAUGCAAAAAUUACUCAAGAGUACGAAAAACGCAUCAGAGGACAGUUGCAGAAGAUUGCUCUCCCCGGUCCUCAAUUGAAGCGUACAAACUGCAAAAACCUACCGAUCACAAUCUACCAAAUCCCUUCAGCAACUCCGACGAACGAGUUCAUAUACCAGAUGAAACCAAACAAAUCCCUGAUCAGACCAAAUGAUAAGAAUUCAAAACCAAACACCAAGAAUUCGGGACCAAACCAAGACAAUUUACUAGGCGCAAAAUACAUUUAUCACCGAACGCUCAAAAUCUUCCAAGAUAUUAACCUUUACUCCAAUUUUUUAAGCGUACCUGGCCACUACUUGGUAAAAUCACAGUUGAAUAUAAACCGACUGAUUUUGACCAGUUCUUCCAAAGAAAAGCUCAGGAAUGUCUGGUCGAUCUACUUCUUGCCGACAGACAACUUGAUAUGCAAAGGACCUUCACUGCUACGUGCGAUUUGA